AUGAGCCUUGACGGCCUACUCAAAGUGAUCAGGCAGGAUCAGAUGACCACAUUACACGACUGCGAAACCAAGCCACGAAAGACAACAUUAUCUAUCCAGGAUUCCAAUGGUCAUCUUGAUCGCACACGUCUCCUCCUCGCAUUUAACGAAAAACAACGAACUAUCACCCCCUCGACUUACGACCACUCCCUUGCUCCAAGCUUCACCCGGAUUUGCACUCUGUUUCCAUAUCAUUCUGUUUCUGUUCCUUUUGCUAGCUUUUCAGUUCUCUCGUGCUUGGAUCUCAUCACUGUAUUUGUAUAG